AUGACGUCAACAAAAGUGUACCAGUCGUCUAUACAUGUGUCCAGUCUGAAACCUGACCGCGUUGUUUUUACAUACACAAAUGAAACGUACUUCCGGAACGAGGUCAGAUCCUUUAGGACGUGGGGAAAUGAAUCGUUAUCUGAGUCGCCUUGGUGGUGGUCGCACUACCCUAGCGGAUACUCCUGGCCUCACAUCAUCGUUGGUGCUGUCAUCAUCACAAUCAUCAUUCUCAUGAUUGUCAUUGGAAACUUCCUGGUCAUCUGGGCCAUCAUUCACGAUCGCACGCUCAAAACUACCCAGAACCUCUUCAUAGCAUCCUUAGCCUUCGCAGACCUCUUCCUCGGACUCAUUGUCAUCCCGUUUUCCUUGACUAACGAGCUUUUGGGGUACUGGCUCUUCGGGAUCAUCUGGUGUGAGCUGUACAAGGCAGUCGACGUUCUGCUAUGCACGGCUUCUAUCAUGUCGCUAUGCCUGAUUUCUCUUGACAGAUACUGGUCAAUAACAAGGGCUGUUCACUAUGCUCGCCAACGGACCCGCAAAAGAGCUGCUGUCAUGAUCUUCACCGUGUGGUUCAUUUCGGCCGUGGUCAGUAUCCCGCCUCUCAUCGGCUGGAAACAGCCCACCCGUGAAUCUCAAUGGCCUUUGUGUAAUUUGAGUGAAGACAUCGGAUAUGUUUUGUACUCUGCUUUCGGUUCGUUUUUUAUCCCUGCCUUCAUUAUGGUUUUUGUUUACUACAAAAUUUAUCAAGCGGCAAAGCUUAGAGCUAGAAAAACGGUCAAAACUCCAAAUUGUAUGUCAGAUUUCAGAACAGAACAACGAAACUCUAAUGAGUCCAGUGUAACAGAACAUGGGGGAAAUAAGGACGAAUCCCAUGAUGUAGACGAUACUACAGCAGGGGCAGACAAUCAUGACAAAAGAUCACAAAGGGUCAACGAGAAUACAUCAUGCGAAAUUAUCAAAAAAGAUGGUCCCCAAACUUCUUCUGAAGACGACGCAGGUCUACAGUUAAGAACGGUUAGAGAAGUUGACAUUCGUGUCGUGAAGGAAGAAUAUUCUAGACUCAUCUCUACUGACUCUGAUUCCACCACAGAAGCAAAUAAUAAAUAUGUAAGCAGAUCAGCUCCAGACUCCUCAAGAUGUGACCCUCUGCCUGUAUGCCAGGAAGGGCUAUCGACUAAACAAACAGAAUCUAUGUCUUGCUCGUCCAGUACUUUAGCGUCAUGUGAUAAUCAAAACAACGGCUCGAUCCGUCGCUUUCAGAUUUUAGAAAUGCGACCCAACGGUAGUUUGACUGCUGCAUUUGACAGUGGAGCAGUAGAUUCAAAAGUGACAGUUCUUGAGUCAAUUAGAAGACAUUUAUUGUCGAGAACAAGAAACAGCAGGAAGAGAAAGUCACCUGUCCCGUGUUCGGAAGUAGGACGAAUUGUGGACUUAAAGUAUGCAGAACGUCAAAAACGAAAACUGGCUAAAGCAAGGGAACGCAGAGCAACUGUUGUGCUUGGAUUAGUUAUGGCUGCAUUCAUUUUAUGUUGGCUACCAUUCUUUGCCUUGUAUUUGGCAUCAGCUUUCUGUGCAGGCUGUAUACCCGCUAUGGUAUUUACUGUUUUCUUCUGGAUCGGCUACUGCAACUCUGCCCUGAAUCCCAUAAUAUAUACUGUCUUCAACAGGGAUUUUAAACGCGCCUUCCAGAAAAUUAUCUUUGGUCGGCGCCGUCGACACAGAUGA